ACGACACCAUGUCCUCCGCCAGGUUUGACUCCUCAGACCGCUCGGCCUGGUACAUGGGGCCGGUGUCUCGCCAGGAGGCGCAGAGUCGGCUACAGGGCCAGCGCCACGGCGUGUUCCUGGUCCGCGACUCCUCCACCUGCCCCGGCGACUACGUGCUGUCGGUGUCCGAGAACUCGCGGGUCUCCCACUACAUCAUCAACUCGCUGCCCAACCGCCGCUUUAAGAUCGGGGACCAGGAGUUCGACCACUUGCCGGCCCUGCUGGAGUUCUACAAGAUCCACUACCUGGACACCACCACGCUCAUCGAGCCCGCGCCCAGGUAUCCAAGCCCACCAAUGGGAUCUGUAUCAGCACCCAACCUUCCUACUGCAGAAGAAAACCUGGAAUAUGUGCGGACUCUCUAUGACUUUCCUGGGAAUGAUGCUGAAGACCUGCCCUUUAAGAAGGGUGAAAUCCUGGUGAUAAUUGAGAAGCCUGAAGAACAGUGGUGGAGUGCCCGGAACAAGGAUGGCCGGGUUGGGAUGAUUCCUGUUCCUUAUGUUGAAAAGCUUGUAAGAUCAUCACCACACGGAAAGCAUGGAAAUAGGAAUUCCAAUAGUUACGGGAUCCCAGAACCUGCUCAUGCAUAUGCUCAACCUCAGACCACAACUCCUCUACCUGCGGUUUCCAAUACUCCUGGGGCAGCCAUCAACCCCUUGCCAUCCACACAGAAUGGACCUGUUUUUGCAAAAGCAAUCCAGAAAAGAGUACCCUGUGCUUAUGACAAGACUGCCUUGGCAUUAGAGGUCGGUGACAUUGUGAAAGUUACAAGGAUGAAUAUAAAUGGCCAGUGGGAAGGCGAGGUGAAUGGGCGCAAAGGGCUUUUCCCUUUUACACAUGUCAAAAUCUUUGACCCUCAAAACCCAGAUGAAAACGAGUGAUUACUGUUACCCUGUUUGCUGCUGCUUCAUUGUUCUGCCUGUCACAGUCUCCUUUGAAGUGGGAGAGCGUUCCCUCUCAUAGGCGCAUUGCCGACGUCCAGCUUUCUGCAGACUGGUGAUCUCUCAUACACAUUUGGAAUGCACACAGUGGCUGCCUCGGCAUUUGUAUUAUAGUUGUAUUGUUAAAGAGUAGCCGUCUUGAAUAGAGUUUUUGAAUCAUAAACUGGAAAUAGAAGCACAUACAAGUGGAGAGAAGUUGACAAAAAAGCACGUCUUCCUUCUCAUCACUGCCCUGUUUGUACUGUGAUUCUGUCGUGUUCAUCAAAGAAAGCUUGAGGCCAUGCGAGACGUUGCACGCACGUUGCUCUCCCACAAAGCAGCGGCUCAGUCACUGUUUCGUUUUUCCUUUUCCUUUGAAGGACAGAAAAUGAACUUUAGACAAGAGAGAAUUCUGCCCUAAACUCCCCAAACCUGACUUUUUUUUUUUCUUUUAAAAGGUUUUUAUUUCAUUUGGAAGACAUAAUUAAUUAGACUUGUGUGUUCUGAAAAGAUUUUAAGUAGCAGAUUGGAUUUUUGUGAUAUUAAAAGGAAUGACACAUGCCUCUGAGCUUCCAAACUGAAGCUGCUGUAACUAAAGGAAUAUGAAAAAAAUGCUGAACUGGAGGCCUUUAUUGCAUAGGCUGCCAUAGUACCUUGUUUGCCAUCUAGCAAACAACACAGAAGUCAAGCUGUGUCCCCAGAAGCACUGGUGUAUGUUGGGUGGUGGUGUGGGGCUAUUAUUUGAGGAACCUUUAUUUACCUUGUUUGCCAGUGACAAGAGCAGUGGUGGGGAGCACUCACCUGACUUUUCUGUCCGGCAUGUCAGUAAUGCUCCUCUUUAUGGUAUAGGACUUAUUAUUUUUUUUUAAGUGAAUUCAUAGAAUGAUUGAAUUCAUUAAUGAAUUUUAAAAUUGCAAUCACUGAAGCCCAUUCCUUUCUGUUCCAGUUUGAGCUCCCCUAGAGAAAGAUGAUGCUUGGCACUGCUAAAUACUGGUUCUGCAAUCAAGGCAUCUGUCAUACUCCCAGGCAAAAAAAAAAAAAAAAGUACAAGUGUGGAAAUUGGUUAAUGCAAUAAUUGAUGGCUAAUGAUUUGGUGACUAGAGAGGAUUAGUAACCAGUUAGAGUUUUAUGUUAAAGUUUACUCUUUGGAUAAAGAGGCCAACUUAAUGUAAACAUGACCGAUUCCUUGUUUGCUACACACAGCAGACUAGAAUUCUAGAGUGGUCAUGUCGUGCGGCCUGCUCUCCUUUCUGGGCACCAGUAAAGCUAGGUUUCAGAUCUAGAAAUCUAGCAGCCGUCUAAUGAAUAGUGAGCAUUUAUGAGCAUUUGCUAUAACCAUGGCCCUGUCUUCUGACAGGUUAAAGGGUUAAAGCAGUAUGCUUUGCUGACAAAACCAACAACACAGUUUUCUUUUUCUUUCUUUCUUUUUUUUUUUGAUCAGUACUCUACCAGACAAGUAACUACCAUUUAUUGAAAAUAAAAUCUUGAGAGUGUUUCUAUGUUAAGAUCAGUGAUCAUUGGGAAAAAUAGGAAACAAAACACUGUGACACCUUGUCUAUUGUUAUGAAAAAGAAUUAACAAUCACCUUUUCCUAAUCAUUGAGAGCUGGGGCAUCUCCCACUCCAGAGGUGCCUCCAUCUUUUGUCUGAGUCCAGGCUCAGCCUAGUGCCCACAAGUGGCACAUGUGUGGCAGUCACCACUCUGCCUGGAACAGCACUUGUCCUAUGGCCAGUGACCUCAGUCUAUGUGCUUUGUUAAAAGAAUACAUCACCCUUAAGACUUUGGUAAUCCAAACCUACCCGAGAGACUUGGAACCUUUUGAUGGCAGUAGUUGGCUCAACAUAAGUAUAUGACUAUUUUGAAAAGUAAGGUUUACUUACAAUCAUGUCCACUAACCAGUAGCAAGACCCACCUCACAAGGAGUGCUUCAGAAUCAAAACUCCCUGUAACCCUAGGUUUGUUUUCAUAAAAAAACACUGCUUAUCACUUCAGCCUAAGUACAUGUCUCCGGAGCUGCCCAGGGGAUUCAGAGCCCCAUGUAAAAUGAGCCUUGAUUUCUGAACUCUCAAAAUAUGUGCCAAAAACAGCAACUUCUUGAACCUUAUUGUUUUUUAAUCAGAUAGGGAAAUUCUCUUUUUCACACUAAAUAUACAAAAACAAACAAAACUCAGUACUCUCAUGUUGGUUUUGUGCUGGCCUCUACAGUAGUCUGGGGGAAGAUACCUGCUUCAUAAAGAAUGUGAAUCUUACCAGAGGAGCUGCCUUUCCUCCCUCCCUCCCUCCCUCCCUCCCUCCCUCCCUCCCUCCCUCUCUCUCUCUCCCUCUCUCCCUCUCUCCCUCCCUCUCACCCUCUCUUCCUCUCUCCCUUCUGGUUUUAACGGUUAGAAUUAUUCAUUGUUAACCUUCUCUGUUCUACUGCAUGUGGCUUCAGAAAAUAUUCAGGUGUUAAAUGAACACAUGAAACAUGAAUGCUGGCAGUUAUCCUGGGGAGCAUUUGCAGUGUCAUUAGUGUGCAGUACAGUGUCACCUGGCGGUGGAGAAUCCCAUGUCAGUGUACCGUACAGUGUCACCUGGUGACUGAUUCCUGGGGAGGACAACGGGUUGACUGGCUGCACUUGGCUACUUUACCCUGAUGAGACACCUUCUGCACUCAUGGUUGGAAGAUUCAAAGGAGGGAAGGACAGCUACUUCUCUUGGCGCUCCGUUGAGCAUCCCUGGCACUGUGCCAACUCUUUCACAGCUGUUUACACACAAGGCAAGCCGAGGGCCACGGCCACUGCUCUUGUCACAUCUGCUCAGAGGAAUAUGAACAUUCUGUUUUUGAAAAGGGAUGAUGUGUUUUUGUGCCAGGUGUUUAUAAUUUAAUCCUUUUAAUAUUAUGUUCAUUAACCUUAUAAAAUGAGUGAAUUCUUGAUUGUGUUAACACAGUACCUAAGACUAAUGCUUUCUGUGGACACCACUGAACUCUGCCUCAAACUCCACCCACUGGGACCGGAGACUAUGUCCCUGGUACCUGCUGUCAGUGUGAGCACUGAGCUAGUUCUGUAUUCUGCAGGCGUAGUUCUCUUGAGACAGGGUCGUUGUCUCUGCAGGAGGAACAGUGGCCUUGCUUCUAGACGGUCUUCACUGUGUGUUUUAAACGACAACAACGUAACUCUUGACCUGUAACUUAAAGAUCAUAAACUUCAGGCAAUAAUAUUUUCUGUGUAAGCUUUUAAAAUUAUUUUUGGGGAUCAUAGCUUGUUUUAUUUUGUGCUAUAAAAUUAACAGUAUUAAAUGACUUAUAUUCUUAGAAUACAUCGAGUGUCUUUUCUUAACAGAUUAGUGCCUUUUUAUUUUUGUAUUCCAUUUUAAGUUACUGGUCCCAACAUUAGAGCCCUUGUUUCUAUGUCCUGUUUGUACAUUGUCUCAAUAAAACUUACAUCAGCUGGUGGCGGUGGCA